AUGGUGGACAGUCUGGUGACCGAGCUUGUCUCCUUCUAUCAGGGGCAGUGGCCCUGCUACCGGCCCGCACCGCCCUCGGGGACGAAGUGGCACGCCUACUUUGGCGUUGAUGAGAUACAGUGCAAAGUUCAGGACAAGUUCGCCGUCUGCAUCAAGGGCUUCGUAUCUGCCGACGACAUCUUCGGACACCAUCGCCCCCCUCAGGACUCGCCCCUUGGGCCCCGCCCCAGCCUCUUCCUGCCUGAGGCAGCGAAUAUCGUCCGGGAAUCCCACGAGGCCGCACCAGCUCGCGUCAAAAGCCUUGUCCAGCGCAUCCAGGCGCAUGCCAAGUCGGACUUCGAGAUGCGCUAUGCGGACGAUCUCGAACGCAGCGCCCACGCUCUGAAGGGCCACCUCGAGCUAUCGCCGGUUGCUCCCCAAAGCCUCGACCAGGUCAAGCAGGCGCUGCAGAGGCACUCUUCCCAGUGCCGCUCAUACAGGGACGCGCUCUUGCAACCUCCCGCUUAA